GCUCGGCUGCCAGAGCCGCCGAAGAGACAGGGGAAGCUCAGGGCCGGGCGCUCCCGCUCUCCCACGCCCCCGGCCCACGCCCCCGGCGCCGGGUGAAGCGGGGGCUGCCAGCCGGGGGUCCCGUCGGGGGUCCAUGCCAGCCGGAGCAGGAGCGCUGACGGUGCCUCUUGUCCUCCCUGAGGUGACAUGAAGCAGCUGAAGUGACCCGCGAGCCGUCGCAGCGCUGCCCACGAUGGGCUGCGUGCCCUGCAAAGAGAGGGCGGCUGGCAAAGGGCAGCCGGGGGGCGACGGGCCCUCCCUGCAGCCCCCGGGCUCUCAGUACGACCCCGACCCCACGCAGCCAGGGGCCAUCUUCACCCGCAUCCCCGACUUCAACAACUUCCAGGGGCCGGCCCUGCCCUCGGCCCCGUCCUUCACAGGGCUGGGGGGCUUCACCUCCAACAUGCUGCAAACAUGGAGCGGGGGCAUCACAGGUGGGGGGGUGACUCUCUUCAUUGCCCUCUAUGACUACGAGGCCAGGACGGAGGAUGACCUGACAUUCCAGAAAGGAGAGAAAUUCCACAUCAUCAACAACACGGAGGGGGACUGGUGGGAGGCCAGGUCACUGAGCUCAGGUGCCACCGGCUACAUCCCCAGCAACUACGUGGCCCCUGUGGACUCCAUCCAGGCGGAAGAGUGGUACUUUGGGAAGAUCGGGCGCAAGGAUGCGGAGCGGCAGCUCCUGUGCCACGGCAACUCCAGGGGCACCUUCCUCAUUCGGGAGAGYGAGACAACGAAAGGUGCCUACUCCCUCUCCAUCCGGGACUGGGAUGAAGCCAAGGGAGACCACGUCAAGCACUAUAAGAUUCGGAAACUGGAUAACGGGGGGUACUACAUCACCACCCGCGCCCAGUUCGACACGGUGCAGCAGCUGGUCCAGCACUAUGUGGAGCGGGCAGCGGGGCUGUGCUGCCGCCUGGCCAUGCCGUGCCACAAGGGAACCCCCAAACUGGCCGACCUCUCAGUGAAAACCAAAGACGUGUGGGAGAUCCCCCGCGAGUCCCUCCAGCUCCUCAAGAAGCUGGGCAAUGGACAGUUCGGGGAAGUCUGGAUGGAGUACAACGACGGGUUGUGCCAUCUGCUCACCCACCCGUGCCCCACUAUGAAGCCCCAGACCCUGGGAUUAGCCAAGGAUGCCUGGGAGAUAGCACGGGAAUCCAUCACCCUUGACAAGAAACUCGGCAUGGGCUGUUUUGGAGACGUGUGGAUGGGCACGUGGAAUGGCACCACGAAGGUGGCAGUGAAGACGCUGAAGCCGGGGACCAUGUCCCCCGAGGCGUUCCUGGAGGAGGCGCAGAUCAUGAAGCGGCUGCGGCACGACAAGCUGGUGCAGCUCUACGCCGUGGUGUCGGAGGAGCCYAUCUACAUCGUCACCGAGUUCAUGAGCCAGGGCAGUUUGUUGGAUUUCCUGAAGGAUGGGGACGGCCGCURCCUGAAGCUGCCCCAGCUGGUGGACAUGGCUGCCCAGAUUGCGGCGGGCAUGGCGUACAUCGAGCGCAUGAACUACAUCCACCGCGACCUCCGCGCUGCCAACAUCCUGGUGGGAGACAACCUCGUCUGCAAGAUCGCUGACUUCGGCCUGGCUCGCCUCAUCGAGGACGACGAGUACACGGCACGGCAGGGUGCCAAGUUCCCCAUCAAGUGGACGGCUCCAGAGGCCGCUCUUUUUGGGAGGUUCACCAUCAAGUCAGACGUCUGGUCCUUCGGCAUCCUCCUGACAGAGCUGGUGACCAAAGGCCGKGUGCCCUACCCAGGGAUGAACAACCGAGAGGUGCUGGAGCAGGUGGAGCGGGGGUACCGCAUGCAGUGCCCGGGCAGCUGCCCCCCGUCCCUGCACGAGCUGAUGSUGCAGUGCUGGAAGCGGGAGCCCGAGGAGCGCCCCACCUUCGAGUACCUGCAGUCCUUCCUCGAGGACUAUUUCACUGCCACCGAGCCCCAGUACCAGCCUGGGGACAACCAGUGACCGGCAGCUGGCACCCCAGGAAGCUCUGGGGUGGCUUUGGGGUGAAUCUCCCAUUUGCUUUAGGGGGUUGUUGAUUCCUUUGGCUGUGCCCCCCAAAGUGCCCGUUGUGGGGUGCUCAGGGUGCCCCAGGAAUGACACGGGGCUUUGCACAGGGAUGUUGGACUCGGAGAGGUGGCAAAGCUGUGCCCCCCAGGCCCUCCUUCCCCCACUCCCUUUAUUGCCUUCACACCCAGCUUUGAGCCUGCGGGGCUUUGGCUGCAGGGAGGAGUGCGGGGUACCCCCUGAAUGCCCCAAACACCCCCAGAGCCUCGGCAGGAGAGGGCUCAGGGGAAGCUCUCCAUGCCAACCCCGAUCUCCUCUGGGAACACAGCGGGGUGGGGUUCAGCCCCCAAACUCCUGGCACUGACCUGGGGGUGCUCACCUCAACCCUCCCUCCCUCUAUAGGUYUUUAAUUUAUAAGGUUUCAGGUGCCUCCCCCAGCAGCCGCCAAGGGAUCCCAGCAUUUYGGGGACUCCCUUGUCCCCCUCACUCAUCUCCUCUGCUUUACAGUAAAGUCCUGAAACCAUGAACCUCUGCUGGCACUGGGAGCACAGGGGAUCCGGGGGAGCA